AUGCGUGGGUUUGAGUGGCUGACGGAAGAGGAAAUGACAGGGAAGAACUGGUCACAGCAGGGUGAUGAGCGGCUACGGGAGCUGGAGGAGCUCAUGUCAGCAACAGGCCUUUGGUCGGAGAAGUUCAGCAUGGACUUGGGGGACAUGCUGGAGGUCAGCGACGACGAGGGCGAAGGCAAUGCGCCCGCAGGCUCUGGCGGGAAGAAGAAGCCCAACCCGUUCCCUUCGGUGGACGGGGAUGAGAGUCUCAAGGAGAUGCUCGCGCGCUACAAGAAAGCUUGCCUCAACCGGCGCGCGGCGUUUCGGGAACUGGCUGAGCGAUGGGAGGCUGAGGGGUUGUAA